ACUUUGCAGUUGGCAUUUGAGCUUCCAAAAAUCCAGCUAGAGAUGAGCACUCCAACUGGAGAAGCUUCUACUUCAGAACAAGUCACCGACCAGGAUUGGAUACCAAAUGCACUUAAAAUGGUGGAUUGUUUCUACAAUUACUGGUCAAAUCUAGACGAGACAACCUCUGAUAUCGAGUAUCAAAUUAAUUCGUACAUCGAAAUCCUCGAUUUAAUUCCUCAAGAAAAGAGGCAAUCGGAAUAUGAACGUUCAAUAUUCGAGUAUGUAAAAGGAAGGUUGUAUAAUGCAAUUCCUAAUGUUUAUAAGGAAGAAGCAGAGCGUCAUCUAGUGCAAGCUACUGAAUUGAAUCCGUCUCUGUUUGAUGCUUGGAAUCACCUCGCCAUGUGUGUCGCUAAGAAAGGAGAUUACCAGAGAGCUAAAAAAUGCUUGGAGUUUGUCCUCGAAAGGGAUCCAAAUAGUAGAAUAAUUUUACGUCAACUUGCAGAGCUUGAACUGAUGUUUUUACCAGUUGCUGAAGAUCUGGCAAAACAACUUGAUGAAUGCAUCAAAUAUGCCCAAAUGACACUCGCUCUGGAUAACAUGGACGGACGUUGUUUUCAUCUCAUAGGAAGUGCAUAUCUCACUUCCUUUCUUCUGACUGGAGGAUGGAAUUACGAUAAUCUUCCACUGGCAUUAGAAGCAUACGAGAACGCUGAGAAAAUUGAUGCAAUGGCGUCAAACGCCAAUUUGCUAUACGACUGUGCCAUUGUGAAUAGAUUUCUGGAGAACUACAAGAAAUCCCUAAUUGGAUUAUCAGAUCCUGAAUUAGAGACUCCUUCUCUUGAUGCUUCCAAUCAAGUGGAAGUGACGCUCCAACUUCUUGACAAAUUGGAAGGACAACUUCAGGGUAAGAGUAAUGAUAAGAGCAAUAACAAGAGUAAGGGGAAGAGUAAAGGAAAGAGUAAGGGAAAGAGCAAGGGAAAGAGUACGGAAACAAGUGUGUCUUCCCUGAUCCAGUCACUUGCUACUAUUGAUUUGAACCCUUCAUAUAACAGAGCAACUAUGGAUCUCUUAACUGAAGGACUUAACGAAGGGAUUGCAGUUAUAGCAGCAGUCCGGUGCUUAGUUAAAUAUAAAUAUAAAGCUCCAGUAUACUAUCUGCUCUGUGACUCCAAUGAGAAUAGUUUUGUACUUUUAAUGUUCGGCAUACAGAAGGAAGCAAUUAAACAAGGAGAUCAGGUCACACUACUGGAUCCCUUUUGCAAAUUUGUUGAUUUUGAUUGGGAAGGAAAGCACUAUCAAUUCAUGUCUGUGCGAGUGAAUCUUCUGAAACAAGUUCUUGUAAAUGGAAAUGCCGUGUCUCCCAAUUUUGCUAUUCGUGAAUCAAUAUUAUUGGCAUAAUCGAGGACAUGAGAAGUCUACAAUGAUCUUCUGUAAAUUUCUGUAAGCUACCAACAUAAAGAUACAUUCAGUGGGGCUCAUAUGUCUUGUACACAUGUGUCCAGGAAACAAAACUUGGCAAAAUACGUAUGCUUGUCUACUACACGCAGUAGUGGUGGGAACUUGAUAUGAGAUAAGCUCUCCAUGCACAUGUAUUUUUUUCAAUCCGACAAUGCCAUUUUCUUCAGUUUUAUUUUAGAUGAUACAUUUCUCUGACAUAGAUGACUAGUAUGAAGCAAAAUUUCUCCU